AUGACAGUAUGUAGGAGGGGGAUUGACAAAAGGAAGGAGAUUGCUGGCUGUGACAGGAGCAACACAAAGUGCAUGCUCUAUUGUAAAGAUGAAGAAUACAUGAAGGAGCUUUUCCGCAAGGUGUUCAUGGAGUCUGUUUACCCAGUGUCUUACCUGGCUAGGACACCUGAGUACAAGAUGGGAGAUACAGAGGUUGAACAGCUGCGCCGUGAGAGUGCCACCAAAUUUGCUGAGCUGAAGAGUAUGGGAAAGACACCGCUUUCGGCCCUCCUGUCAGUGGAUCUUCUGUUCCAACCCUUUCAAAUGAGUGAAGCAGCCUUUGACAUUAUUGGGCCUUACUCCUUGGUGGCAGAAAGCUCAUAG